AGACGUAGGGCUGCCGGCCUGAGCGUGCGCGGUGACUGGGCCUGCGCUCUCCUGGCAUGUUGGGCGCUGGAAGCGGACCCAAGCCUCCAGGCUCCUCUGCAGGCGGCUGCAGUCUGGCCAGGCACGGAGGUGGGGGCGGGCCUCGGGUCUCCCUCCCUCCCUCGUCUGGCCCCCAGCUCGGGAGCUGGGCGAGAACCCGUUUUUCAAGCAGCCAUCUGUUAGCGCAGUGGUUCUCAACCAGGGGCGAUUUCUGGCCCCCAGGGGACGUUAGGCAGUGUUUGGAGACAUUUUUGGUUGUCACAUCUGGGUAUAGGGAUGCUACUGUGAUCCAGUGGCUAGAGACCAGGAAUGCUGCCAAACAUCCCCCGACGUACAGGAUGGCUGCGGCCACAAGGAAUUCUCUGGCCCUGAACAUCAGUAGUGCCAAUGUCGGGCAACCCUGCCCUAGCCUGUCUGCAGCUUUUUUGGUUCCAAGGAAAGUCAGUAGAGUUGUCACUGACAUCUCUGGAAUUGAGAUGUGAUCUUUUCCCCGAAGUCUUACUGAGAACUGGAAGGCAGUUCCGUGGUUUCUAGGGGCAGGACUGCUGAAUAAACCAGAAAAUCCAUCGUUGGGUACUUUGGGGUAGCUUAAUAAGAGAGCCUUUAUAUUUAUAGACAAGGAAGCUGAGUUAGUGAGGUCACUAAUGGACAAGUCUGAAUAUCAACUUCACAUCUUGUAGACCGCAAUUCUGGAUUUACGUGAUCACUGAGGUAGCCUAGCUAAUGAAGUAAUGAUUAGGUUUUUCUUGAUCUUGAUCAACUGAAAACCACAGUAGCUUUAUAGUGUGAGUCUUUCCCUUUUAAGAAUCAGACAACUAAAGUCACAGCAUUUUAAGUCACAUUUCAGACAACUAGUUGCCUCUACGGAGAAGUUCUGGAGGCCUUGAAGCAAAUGUUACCUGUAUUAAGCAUAGGGGGUGACUAAAAUACUUUACCUUUUUGAUAACAUGUCCAGCUUUUGAACGCAGUUGCUUUACAUACACUUGGGAAAGGAGGCUCCAUCUCGAGCACUGAGCAGGGAGAUGGAGCAAUGGGCGACACAACAGAAAAAUCCAAAAUCUGACCUUCAGAAGGUCUGAAACAAUACUAAUCUUUUUGUAGGAAGAUUUAUUAUCUUAUUUAUUAUUUAUUAUUAAGACAUUCUCUCACAGUUUCUGUGUGUUAGGAGUACAUCUGGCUUGGGACUUCUCAUGAGACUGGUUACCUUGUGCGUGGUAGUUGGGACUAUAGUUAUCUGAAGGCUUGAGUGGGGCUGAGGACUCACCUCCGAGGCCACUCAGAUUCAUGUGGCUGACAAGUUGAUGCUGGCUGUUGGUUCUUCACCAUGUGGACCUCUCCACAGGCCUGCUCUUAGGAGCCCUCACAACGUGGUGGCGGGUUUCUCCCAGAGUGAAAGAUCUAAAAGAGAACAAGGCAGAAGCCUGAGAAGUCACACUCAGUCAUUUCUGCAAUCUUACUGGUUACACUGGCUCCCUCUAAUAGUUUGGGGAGGCAUAACCUAGUGUCAGGAGGCAAGAGUCAUUGGAGGCUGGUUAUCACCAGAUAGAGGGUGGAGGCAAAGCAACUUAAUUCCGGUUGUCUUCUCAUUUUUGUUACUUUCUCUAAUUUCUUCAAAGAAUCUUCUUUCAAAAAAAAGAAGGAAAAGAAAACUGAGAAACUCUGUAUUUUUGAGCAAAAAAGAUUGUCAGGGAGGCUGGCCAAGAGGGAGAGGCUAUGAUACCUAGUUAUCAUAAAUCCAUGAUCUGACCCUUAGCUUUAUAAGGCCAAAAACUUGCUUAUUUUUUCACCCAGAGUUGAUCAGCCUGGUAAAUCGAACCAAAAUGAGAACGAUUUAUGAACCAGCCAAGAAUUUGUUUCUAACUAGAACAUAACUGGCUAGCGAAGGUCCUGCUCUAGAGACAGUAUUGUGGAACAAAAUGUUAACGGUGGGAAGACAGAACGAGAGUGGAGGUUGCCCUUAAGCUCUGGAGGUUUAGUGGAUUGUCUUUCCCUUUUCCCAGGGAAGAACCGGGGCCCCUGUCUCCUGAGUAGAUAGAGAUCUUCUGCUCUGCCGCUUGUACUGUGUUGCAGUAUGUGAUCCUGCCAGCUCGUGGCUUUGUCCAGGGAUCUGAAACGACUUUGCAGUCGACGUACUCAGACACGAGUGCUCAGCCCACCUGUGAUUAUGGAUAUGGAACUUGGAACUCUGGGACAAACAGAGGCUACGAGAACUAUGGCUAUGGCUAUGGCUAUGGCCAGGAUAACAGCACCAACUAUGGGUAUGGUAUGGCCACUUCAAACUCCUGGGAAAUGCCUAGCUCUGACUCACAUGCAAACCCUAGUGCUGUGGGUAGCGCCAGUGCCGAUUCCGUUCUGUCCAGAAUGAACCAGCGCUUAGAUCUCGUGCCGCACUUGGAGACGGACGCGAUGCAAGGAGGCUUGUACAGCUCAGGUGGAGAAAGAUAUGAUUCCUACGAGGCCUGUGACUCAAGGGCCGUCCUGAGCGAGCGUGACCUGUACCGGUCGGGCUACGACUAUGGCGAACUUGACCCUGAGAUGGAAGUGGCCUAUGAGGGCCAGUAUGAUGCCUAUCGUGACCAGUUCCGCAUGCGUGGCGGCGACACCUUUGGCCCACGGGCUCAGGGCUGGGCCCGGGACUCCCGGAGUGGCCGGCCAAUGGCCUCGGGCUAUGGGCGCAUGUGGGAAGACCCCAUGGGGGCCCGGGGCCAGUGCAUGCCUGGUGCCUCCCGGCUGCCCUCCCUCUUCUCCCAGAACAUCAUCCCAGAGUACAGCAUGCUCCAGGGCAUGCGUGGCGGAGGCACCUUCCCUGGUGGUUCCCGCUUUGGCUUUGGGUUUGGCAAUGGCAUGAAGCAGAUGAGGCGGACCUGGAAGACCUGGACCACAGCUGACUUCCGGACCAAGAAGAAGAAGAGAAAGCAGUGCGGCAGUCCUGAAGAGCCGGAUAGCAAAGCCACCCGGACAGACUGCUCAGAUAACAGUGAUUCAGACAACGACGAGGGCACCGAGGGGGAAGCUGCAGAGGGCACUGAAAGCGCCGAGGCCUUGGAGAAGGGCUCCAGAGCAGAAGGAGAAGAUGAAGAGGGAAAAGAGGAGGGGAAGGAAGAAGGCAAAGAGGAUGCAGACAAGGGGGCCCUGAGCACCCAGGAUGAGAAUGGUCAGACCAAGCGCAAGUUGCAGGCAGGCAAGAAGAGCCAGGACAAGCAGAAAAAGCGGCAGCGAGACCGCAUGGUGGAAAGGAUCCAAUUUGUGUGUUCUCUCUGCAAAUACCGGACGUUCUAUGAGGAUGAGAUGGCCAGCCACCUCGACAGCAAGUUCCACAAGGAGCACUUUAAGUACGUAGGCACCAAGCUCCCCAAGCAGACAGCUGACUUUCUGCAGGAGUAUGUUGCCAACAAGACCAAGAAGACAGAGGAGCUCCGAAAAACCGUAGAGGACCUUGAUGGUCUGAUCCAGCAGAUCUACAGAGACCAGGAUCUGACCCAAGAAAUUGCCAUGGAGCAUUUUGUGAAGAAGGUAGAGGCAGCCCACUGCGCAGCCUGUGACCUUUUCAUCCCCAUGCAGUUUGGGAUCAUCCAGAAGCACCUCAAGACCAUGGAUCACAACCGGAACCGCAGGCUCAUGAUGGAGCAGUCCAAGAAGUCUUCGCUCAUGGUGGCCCGCAGCAUCCUCAACAACAAGCUUAUCAGCAAGAAGCUGGAGCGCUACUUGAAGGGUGAGAAUCCUUUCACCGACAGCCCCGAGGAGGAGAAGGAACAGGAGGAGGCUGAGGGCGGCACCCUGGAUGAGGGGGCGCUGCUCGAAGCGGCAGGGGGCGCAGAGGGUGCAGAGGGCGCGCCAGCGCAGCCCCCCGUGCCUCCGGAGCCGGCCCCCGAGGCUACGUCUCCGCCGCCGCCGCCUCCCCCGGAGGAGGAAGAGGAGGCCGUGCCCCUGCUGGGCGGGGCACUGCAGCGCCAGAUCCGCGGCAUCCCGGGCCUCGACGUGGAGGCCGACGACGAAGAGGAGGGUGGAGGGGGCGCCCCGUGA